AUGGCGCUUUGUGCUAUCAUUCUCCAGAAUGACCAGGAAAUCGCUUCCUUCAACAGACUAGAGGAUCGCGCUUCUAUUAUAAUACGAUUUGAUGGAUACGUUCGUACUGCUUUACAAUGCAAGCUGGUGAAGGAUGCUGAGGACAAUCUGAUGAGGAAACUAGUGAUGUCUGUCACGAGGCAACGUUACGGCGUUGCGGCGAAAGCGACGUACUACUCAGAGCCAUCUGGUAUAAUGCCCGAAAUAUACGUUGAUAUGUUGGACUCCACGUUGUUUUUCUGGCCACGCCGACAGUAUCUCAAUGAUCGUGUCACAGCUCAUCUCGAGGCAGAAGCAACUGCAACACGCUCGCUUUUUCGGAAUUUCCUGAUGCAUGGUUUCCACUGGCUAGUUUAUCUAUUUUCUUCACGGACUGUUCGGGACACACAAUGUGGAUUCAAGCUGUUCACCAGAGCGGCAGCCGCCAGGGUAUUUCCUGUGCUCCACGUUGAACGAUGGGCUUUUGAUGUUGAACUCAUCUAUCUAUGUGAACUUUGGAUGAUACCCAUAGUGGAGAUUUCUGUGACCUGGCACGAGGUGGAGGGCUCCAAAAUAGUUCCAGUUAUAUCAUGGUUACAGAUGGGAAGAGAUUUGAUUCUCAUCUGGUUUCGGUAUCGUUUCGGGAUUUGGACGGACACCAUGGGAGGUAAACGUGUAGCAAGGACUAAGUCGGAACCUAUGGAUGCUGAAAGUUACCAUGUUAAUGAAAUCAAGAUGGAAGAGGAGAGGGUUCUAAACGUGCAAGUUGUGAAUGAUUUGGAAGAUGGCAUGUCGCUGGACUUCGAUCUUAUCAAUGUUGAAGCUCCCAUAGCAAAUGCUUUGAGAAGGGUCUUGUUAGCAGAGGUUCCCACAAUGGCAAUCGAGAAAAUAUAUCUUUACCAAAAUACUAGCGUUAUACAGGACGAGGUUCUUUGCCAUCGAAUUGGCCUUCUGCCUCUCAAAGUUGACCCAAGAAAAUUUCUCAUGCCCACUGAAAAGGUCAUUGGUAUCAAUGAGCACGGAGUCGACUGCGAGGAAGAGCCGGAGCCAGAUCCAACUCGCAAUGUUGUUUUUAACAUAAAUGUGACUUGCACGCGAAAUCGAAAUGCACCCACUACAGCCACCGAACCUCAUCAGCUCUACCACCAGUCAUCAAUCUAUUCGAAGAGGCGUUUAAGUGGAUUCCAUGUGGAACAGCAAUUCGCUGAUGAUCCUCCCCGCAUUGUACAUGACGAUAUCUUGGUGGCAAAACUUCGACCGGGACAGCAGAUAGAAGCGAAUUGCCAUGCUGUAAAAGGAAUAGGGCGUGAUCACGCGAAGUUUAGCCCAGUAGCCACGGCCACCUAUAGACUACUUCCCACAAUUCGUCUUCUUGGUGAGGUUCGCGGAGAAGCUGCAGUUAGAUUACAGGAAUCGUUCAGUGAAGGUGUGAAAAGUUCGCGGUGGUUGCUGACGCUCGACGAGAUACUUGUAGCCGGAAAUGUGUUCAGACAUGACGACUUAGCACCUCUCGUGGAACUAGGGAGGAAAAAGGACCACUUCAUCUUUAGCGUCGAAUCGACAGGUGCUCUCAAAUCAGCGGAAUUGGUUGUGGAGGCAUGUAAGAUAUCGAAGCCGGUGGCGGAUGCCGUUCUUCGCUAUGGUAAAGACCAUCCCGCAUCUGACUUUGUGCAACAACUUGUUCUGUUCACAUAUUCCUUAGGCGUCUUUUGGGGCUACUAUAUUUAUACAAAAGUUACUACUCCAGAAACGCUCAAAGUGUGCGAGUUCGAAGAAUUCAGGGAAGAAAGCGAAAAAGUUAUAGGAGAUUUGCAACUAAGGGUUGAGCAACUCGAAGCCGCCCUCAAAAAUCGUGGUAUAAAGAUCCCUGUUAUCAGUCCUCCAGCAGUUGACAACAAGGAUACUCACUCUACUAGUCAAACUAAUAAAGAAGAAACAACACAAGAAAACCAGCCAAGUCAACUCCCGAAACCCCGUUUCCCACGUGUGUCGUCAUUACCCGUGGACACUGCCUCUAAUGUAUUGCUCA